AUGGGUGCAGCGCAAUUCCGGCAUAUUUUCCUCCAGCCUCUCCAAUCCAAUUGGAGUUCAGAGUUUCCCCCUCCCCAAGGGCGUUGGUGCUCCCAUUUGCAGUGUAAGGGAGAUGCCCACAGGGAGGGCACUGAUUUGGUCUGCAGAAGGGUUUUCAAACUGCUGAGUGGUACAGAUUCCUAUAGUGAUCCAUUCUGCAGAGCUGCUGCAAGGGGUGAUUUUUUUUCUGUGAGUCACAGCAAUGAUGACAUUCUCAGCUGUGUUUACAAGUGGAUUUCAGACUCCCCGGCUCUAGUGGUGGCCAGGAGUGCUCCGGAGGAGACUGUGACCAGCAGCUUUGCCUCCUUCAUCCACGCAGUCCGACCUGAGCACCUGUCCAAGAUCGUCCGUCACAGAAGCAAGAGGAUGAUCCUUGACAGCAUUGGUGUUGGCCUUGUGGGCAGCACAACCCAUGUGUUUGAUAUUGCUCUGAAGUACUGCCUGGAGCUGUACUCUUCAGUUGCUGUGAGCAAUGUCUAUGGCAAGCCUGGUGUGAAGCUGUCCCCGACUCUGGCUGCGUUCACUAAUGGCGUUGCGACUCACUCCAUGGACUUUGAUGAUACCUGGCACCCUGCUACUCACCCAUCAGGGGCUGUUCUUCCAGCUCUGCUGGCAGCUUCUCAGAUGCUACCUCCAAACUCCAAACCCAAUGGCCUGGAUUUCCUGCUGGCAUUUAAUGUGGGCCUGGAAGUGCAAGGAAGGCUCAUGCAUUUCUCCACCGAGGCUCACAAUAUUCCCAAAAGGUUCCACCCUCCUUCAGUAGUCGGUACUAUGGGCAGUGCUGCAGCCACUGCAAAGCUGCUGUCUCUCAGCAUGACCCAGUGUACCCAUGCCUUGGGCAUCGCUGCUUCACUCGCAGGAGCACCCAUGGCAAAUGCUGCCACACAAGCCAAGCCAUUGCAUAUUGGGAAUGCCACCCGCCUGGGCUUUGAAGCAGCACUGCUGGCUGCCCGAGGAAUGGAAGCUAACCCUUUCAUUCUGGAUGAUAUCUCUGGUUGCUCUGGAUUCAGUGCUUUUUACAGCAUCUAUCAACCCAGACCACUGUUGACACCAAGUGAGCAUCAUGAGUUCCUCUUGGAGAAACAGGAUAUUGCUUUCAAGCGAUUCCCAGCCCACCUGGGGAUGCACUGGGUGGUGGAUGCUGCCUUGUCCGUUCGGAACCUCUUCAUCAACUAUGCAGGGUCCUUCUCUCCCUCUUUGAUCCGUACCAUUGUGCUGAAGAUCCCAGUGUCAAAGUACAUCAAUAGGCCUUUCCCCAACUCAGAACACGAGGCCAGACACUCCUUCCAGUUCAAUGCCUGUACAGCCCUGCUGGAUGGAGAAGUGGGCCUCAGCUCCUUCACAGAGAGCAGCAUCCACCGGCAGGAGCUGAGGGAACUGCUCCACAAAGUGGUAGUGGAACACCCUGAAGAUAAUGUGGCUAACUUUGACAAAAUGUACGGAGAGGUGGCAGUGCUCCUGAAGAGUGGAGAUGUCCUGACAGGCAAAUGUGACACUUUUUAUGGGCACUGGAGGAAGCCUCUCAGCAGGGAAUCACUCCUGAAGAAGUUUCGAUCCAAUGCCUCUCACGUGCUUCCAGAAGAAAAGGUAGAAACCAUCAUUACUAUGGUGGACAAUCUGGAGAACCUGUCAGAUAGCUCCCAUCUGGCCUAUAGCCUGUGAAAGAAUGCGUUUUUGACAAGGGAUUUAUCUCAAAGAAACUGAUUCCUUUCUUUGUUGGUGCUUUACUAUUCUUUUCCAGUGAUAGGAAAGUUCUUAUCCCUUAAAGUCAAAGUAGAUGCGUUAGUAUCACAGAAGUCCAUGAGGCAAAAAGUGUGUCUGUGUAAUUAGUACACAGAUUAAAUUUGACUCAGUUGUUUCUGAGUAGCUGAAAGCUGACUACAGAUGCCAAA